AUGAAGCUCCCCAUCACCGCUACUAUCCUCGCAACUCUUUCUCUGGCGACCGCCACCCCCCUGGAGAAACGGUUUGAUGUCUCCAUCGGCUUCCAUGGUGCCAAUGGGGAGUCCUACUCCAUGUUGUUCCCUACAGACCGAACUAACGUCAAAAUAACAAAUCCCAUGGUCGUCUACGCUGUGUCCUCACCCGGCGGGGGAUUUUGUACCCUUACUGGCGCCGACGGCGAAUCUGUUGUGAUCUAUGGCGAGGAUCAGAAGUCUCUCCAGGUUCCUCAGGCGAUGGCGUGGGGAUCCUGUGGGAAUAAUUAA